CGAGUGUAUAAUUGGGGAGGGGGUGCAAAUCAAUUAACAAACGCCAGACCGCACGAAUCGCAUACCGACCGACGAAAUGGCUUCAUAUCCUAAGAAGAAGUGCGGUGUUCUGGGCGCUACCGGCUCCGUGGGCCAGCGGUUCAUCCUUUUGCUCGCGGACCACCCCUUCCUGGAGCUACACGCCGUAGGUGCGUCGGAACGUUCUGCGGGAAAGUGCUACAAGGAUGCCGUGAGAUGGAAGCAAACUACCGCUAUGUCCGAGAGACUUAGCAACCUUGUUCUCCGUGACUGCAAGGCUGAGAAGUUUGCUGACUGCGACCUCGUCUUCUCUGGACUCAACAGCGAUAUCGCUGGUGAUGUUGAGAUGGAAUUCAUCAAGGCCGAAAUUCCGGUCUUCUCGAAUGCGAAGAACUACCGCAAGCACCCGCUUGUGCCCCUCGUCGUCCCCACCGUCAACCCCCAGCAUCUGGACCUCAUCCCCCACCAGAGGAAACACUUCGGCCUGAAGAAGGGAUUCUUGGUUUGCAACUCGAACUGCGCUGUCAUUGGCAUUGUUAUUCCGUUCGCAGCCCUGCAGGCCAAGUUUGGCCCUGUUGAGGAGGUGGAGGUCUUCACCGAGCAGGCCCUAUCCGGAGCUGGUUACCCCGGUGUCCCCAGCAUGGAUAUCCUGGACAACGUUAUCCCUUUCAUCAGCGGUGAAGAAGACAAGCUGGAAAACGAAGCCCAGAAGAUUCUUGGCUCUCUGAACGCCGAUGCUACCGCCUUCGAGGAGCAGGCGGGUCUUAGAGUCGGCGCCACCUGCACUCGCGUCGGCGUUACUGAUGGUCACAUGGCCUUCGUCUCUCUGCGCUUCAAGAACCGCCCCGCACCCAGCGCUGAGCAGGUUGCGCAGGCCAUGAGAGAUUACCAGUCGGAAGCUCAGAAGCUGGGCGCCCCCUCUGCACCCCCGCAGGCUAUUCGCGUGUUCGACGAGCCCGACAGACCCCAGCCCAGACUUGACCGGGACAUCUCCAAGGGAUACACCGUCAGUGUUGGACGAGUGCGCGAAGGUCAGGAAGGUGGCUACUUCGACAUCCGAUUUGCUGCGCUCUCGCACAACACCGUCAUUGGUGCUGCUGGAUCGUCCAUCCUCAACGCGGAAGUUGCUGUCAUCAAGGGCUACAUCUAGAUGUUUUACGACCUGUAGCAUAUAGCGUUUAGACGGCGUCAGAUAUCCUUUUGUUUCUACCUAGGUAGUUAGACUACGAAAAGCAUCAAAUUAACCCUAG